AUGCUAUUUGAGCAUGGAUUCACGAAGCAACAACAGAAGCCAAAAUCCCACAAGGCAUGGCCAGUGCUGGACUCUCGCCAGGGUAAGGUGGUGGGGGCAGAGAACAAGAAUCACACCUUCCCCAUGCUUCCUCCCACCAUUAGUGAAGAGGUGUGCAGUCUCAACCUGGGUGUUGAACAUCUGGCAUUUUCAGCUGUCUUUACCAUGACCAAGGAGUGUAAAGUCAUCAACAAGUGGUUGGGCAAGACUGUCAUUAAAUCUUCCAUGAAACUGUCAUGUACUGAUGCUCAGAAAUGUCCACUUUACUGUUGGGACCCUGUGAAGGAAGUCCGCCAUUCAUACUCGACUUGA